CCAUACCUGCUGUUCUCCGAGGCCCAGUUGGUGAACUACCUUGAGAGUGCUGUGAUGGAGCCGCUGUUUCGCCUAGGUUACACCGUCUGCACGUCUGACAACAUCGCCAACGACAAUGUGGAGGAAUUCGUUCAGCUGAAGGACACCGCCGCCAUGAAGUGGUCGGACUUCUUGAUAAGGAGA